AUGGCUGACGCAUUCGCCCCGCGCUCUAUGAAGCGCAAGAACGUCAAGGGUCUUGCUCUGACACCUGCCGCCCCUAAGCCUCCCCCGACCGCCGAGAAUGCUCGCCCAAAGGGGGAAGACGAACAGCUAGAAAUUGGUAUCGAGUUCAACUUGGACUUGAAGCCUGAAGACCUGGAGAUCAUCAAGGAUCUUGGAGCUGGCAAUGGUGGAACCGUCAGCAAAGUCAAGCAUAUCCCGACCAACACAGUGAUGGCCCGCAAGAUCAUUCAUGUCGAGGCUAAGAAGGAGAUGCGGAAGCGCAUAGUUCUUGAGCUUCAGAUUAUGCGUGGCUGCCAUUCCGACUACAUUGUGACCUUCUACGGCGCUUUCCUGAACGAGAACAACGAUGUGAUCAUGUGCAUGGAGUACAUGGAUGUCGGCUCUCUGGACCGGGUAUCACGAGUAUUCGGUCCCGUCCGUGUGGAUGUUCUGGGCAAGAUCGCCGAGGCGACUCUUGGAGGUCUUACAUACCUCUACUCAAAACACCACAUCAUGCACCGCGACAUCAAGCCCUCCAACAUCCUCGUCAACUCGCGAGGAUCCAUUAAGCUCUGCGAUUUUGGCGUAUCCGGUGAGCUCAUCAACUCGAUCGCUGACACCUUUGUCGGUACGUCAACAUACAUGGCCCCUGAAAGAAUUCAGGGUGAGAAGUAUACGGUCAAGUCAGAUGUGUGGAGUUUCGGCUUGUCCAUCAUGGAACUGGCUAUUGGAAAGUUCCCAUUCGCCGCAGCGGACCAACUCUCUGAUGCCGAGAGCGCCCCUGCCGGUAUUCUUGACCUGCUUCAGCAGAUUGUACACGAGCCCGCGCCCAGGCUACCCAAGAGCGACGCCUUCCCUCAGAUUCUUGAUGAUAUGAUUCAGAAGUGUCUGUACAAGGAACCCGAGCGCCGACCAACCCCUCAAGAGCUUUUUGACCGCGAUCCUUUUGUACAAGCAGCCAAGAGAACACCUGUGGAUCUGAGAGAAUGGGCCUGCGGUCUUAUGGUUAGGGACAACCGCAAGUCCCAUCUGGCACCGCAGCUCUCUCCAGCUAUCCAGGAUCUCCUGCGCUCCAGUGAUUCGCCAUCGUACCCAGCACAGAAUGAGGGGGGAGUUCAGCAAACACCCACUUCAGCGUACCGACACGACCCCCGCCACGCAGCGGCAGCGGAUCAAUCAGCCUUGGCCGCGCAGGUGGAGCGAAUGUACAUCCGGGACUGGGACCGCGAGUAGCCAGCACGAACUCGGUGAUGCAGCACAGAUCCAGGCCCUCUGGCUCUGUUGCCUAUGAAGACCAACAGCCCCCUCGUCGUACCGGCUCCCCCAGCAUGGCUCCUCCUCCCCAACGUACAGCUCCUCCCCCUCAGCGCACCGCCUCUCCUAGCAUGGCUCCCCCACAGCGCACAGCGUCCCCAAGCAUGGCUCCUCCUCAACGCACAUCAUCUCCCAGUACCGCCACCAAAUCAACCACCAUUUCGUUGCCCAUGCGACCAGCUCCUCCCAGCGGACCUCUCCCUCCUGCGCCGCGAAGACAGUUAACCUCCGAGGAGCUGAGAAGAGAAAACCUACGACGGGCCAUGGGGCCGGGGUCGUCCUCAGGCGGCAGGCACUACUAAGAGAAACCAUUCGUACGAGAAAAGGGUGUUUCCUUGCAUCAAAAUCAUCAUUUCUUUUCAGACUUGUUUUUCUCCUCGAUUUUGUUCACUAUUUUCUCUCAACUCACAUUUUUCUCCACCCCUGAUCUGUUCAGAAUCGUGGGCACAAAGAGAAAGAGUCUCUCCAUAGCUUCAGCGAUGAAAUACCAGUUCUAUAUCAGCAGACCAGAUCACAUUUAUGCCGUCGCCUGCUUAAUCAAGCCAACAGCUGUCCUGACCUAACUACAACAUCACUUCUCGCCCAGCCUAAACGGGAGGAUACGGGGG